GCGUGAGGGACAGGCGCUCCACCUCGGUGACUUGGCAAAGACUUUUUGUCGCGCUGUUCCCUACUUCAUAUUGCUCUAAGGUGCAGCUAGCUUCAGCUUUGACUGCUGUUCACUGGAAGGAUGAUCCAGACGGGCUGCGCGGUGCUGUGGUGCUAAGCGCUAACAUCGCUGCUAACCAGAGUUUACCUUUACUCCACUCUGAGAUUCAACAUGGUGCGCAACGUGGAUGACCUGGACUUCUGCCUGUCCUCCCAUCCUCAAAGCAUCCUGGAAGGCUUGCGCUCGCUCUGCUCUCACCCCAAGCUGGUAGAUGUGACUCUGAGUGCAGGCGGGAGGGAUUUCCCUUGCCAUCGGGGAGUCCUGGCUCUCUGCAGCAUGUAUUUCCGCUCCAUGUUCUCGGGGGACUUUGUGGAAAGCAUAGCUGCACGCGUGGAGCUUCAUGAUGUCAACCCCGAUAUUCUGGGUUGCUUGCUCGACUUUGCCUACACAGGGAAGCUGACAAUCAACCAGAGCAAUGUGGAGGGCUUGAUCUGCACCUCCAGCCAGCUGCAGUUCCAGACAGUUCGAACUGUGUGCAGCCGUUAUCUUCAGCACCAAAUCGAUGCGACCAACUGCCUGGGGAUCUUGGAGUUCGGGGAGCUCCACGGCUGUCCGGAGGUGGUGGCCAAAGCCUGGGCUUUCCUGCUGGAGAAUUUUGAAGCUGUUCAGCAAGAUGAGGAGUUUCUGUUGAUGGAGAAAGCCAGGCUGGUGUCCUGCUUGUCUGAUGAAGGGCUGCAGAUCCGGUCAGAGUGCACUCGUGUGGAAGCCAUCCUGAAGUGGGUUGGACACCGGACAGAGUCUCGACUCGGCUACCUUCCUGAACUCCUCACUUUUUCACGUGUUUCUUUACUCGGCCCAAACUAUCUGGCUGACAACCUGCUGAAGCACAGUCUGAUUCAAGCCUGCAGCAGCUGCAGGGACUUUGUAGAAGCGAUUCACAGACAGAAAAUGGAUUCAGUCCCAGAUUGUUCUGACCAGCUCCACUCUCAGAGUCUUCAACCAAACCUGCAGGAAGUGCUGUUCGUGAUGGGCGGCCGUUCGCUGGAUGAGUCUGAGGAGGAGGAGUCAGAUGAAGAUGAAGACAGAGACCCAAGGCUUCAUAGACCAAUGUCCACCAACUGUGCCUUCUACAAUACAAAGACAAAAAAGUGGCAUGAGCUGCCUAACUUUCCCAAUCCUGAUAAAUGGGGUUACUCCUUGGUGUCCUUGAACAACGAUGUGUAUGUUACAGGAGGCUCCCGAGGCUCAAACACUAACACAUGGUCCACCACAGAGACCUGGAGGUACGUCACAAAGGAGGGAAGGUGGCUCACCGUGGCGCCCAUGCUGCGGCCUCGGACAAACCACACUUCAGCCACGCUCAACGGAGAGAUUUAUGUGAUUGGAGGAACUACAUCGGAGCGAGUUGAGGUCGAGCAUUAUGAUCCCUACAACAACACCUGGACACUCACAUGUCCGGCCUUGAAAUAUGUGACCAACUUCACGGCAACAGCCUGCCACGGGAAGCUCUACGUCAUCGGGUCAUGUGCAGUGAAGUACAACGCACUGACCAUGCAGUGUUAUAACCCCGUCAUUGAUAGCUGGGUUAGCGUUUGGUCUCCCUUCAUCCCCAAAUAUCUGUCCUCUCCUCGCGCCACCUGCUUGGAUGGAACUAUAUAUCUGGUGGCUGACAACACCAAGAAAGUCUACUCGUAUGAUCCAGAGGCCAACAUAUGGCAGAAGGUCCAGCAGGUUCACACGCUCCACGAGAAUGGUGGCCUUGUGACGUUGAGUGGGAAGCUGUUUGUCACUGGGGGGCACUGGAAAGGAAUGGAAGGGGACUAUGGCGUAGAAGUGGAGGUCUACAACCGAGCAUCCAACACUUGGGACGUGGAGUGCUUUCUGCCCAGGCUGUGGUUCUACAGCGGAGUCUGCACCAUCUUCCUGGACCCGUCACAGUGGAGGGAGCUCUUUCCUGAUGAAUAAACCUCACGGACGUUUCCUGCUGGUCACAGUGUCCGGAGACGCUUACUGCCCUUCUGCAAAGAAAGUGGUUAUGGUGAUUAAACUGGAAAUGUUUGUUACCUUGUCUGCAGGUCGUUCACAUUCAAGCUUCUUCAUGCCGGAUUAACUUUACUUUGAGGAAAUGAUAAAGUUCUAUUUCUAUUCUAUUCUAUUCUAUUCUAUUUUACCCCACUCUACUGUAUUCUUCUCUGUUUCAUUAUAUUCUGUUCUAUUGUACUCUUCUCUACACAUUUCUAAUCUACUCUAAUCUACUUUAUUGUCUGAAGCAAUCAGAGUAUGAGAUCCUACAACUUUAUUAUAGUUUUUUAUUAUUAUAGUUUCUUAUUCCGUCAAAAUUUCUGACCGCUACUCCUCCUACAGUUUAAUUUUAUUCUACUCUCUUCUACUCUUCUUCAUUCUAUUCUUUGCUCAGUGUUUGUAAAGUGGUUUAGCUCUCAGAUCUGUGUCCGUGAGAUGGUUGUGUACACAUUGAGGCUGUGAUUGUAAAUAAAUCUUUCCUGAAAUAAAAGUACAUCCGUGUU